ACCGUCCAUUGGCACAUCAAUUUGGUUUUUGAUUUGCUUUAAUUAAUUAUAUAUACCUUGGGUUUAUGAAAGUAUAAUAUUUCUAAGUAAUUAUAGUUACCUAUUCACUUCAUGACUUGAACCAACAUAAAAUCCAUACUGUGUCUUACGUUUCUGUAUAAAACUAUAUUUCAUUAUAAGAUUGACUAAAGUUAUUUGAAAUUCUACAAAAAGAAAGUGUGAUUCUCUGUAUCCAGCUGCAUGCUUUUUGUUUUGCGCUACCAACGCUGCGAUAACAUUAAUAAGGCUGCAAUGACAAGAGAAACACAUAUUUUUUGGUCAACAAUUUUCUAUUUUUGGAGUGGGAUUUUGUCCAGUCAUAUAUUUAUACAUCAAUAUCAGUUUUCACUGAAAAAGGAAAGUAUUAAAAUAAUCAAAAGAAAGUAUUAGUGUAGCGACACUAAAACUAUUAAUAGUUUCUGUUUAUUUAUCUGCGUUUCUGUUUUUCUUUAUAUUAUCUGAUAAUUACCAAUAAAUACGUAUACACUAAUUCGUUUAGCUAAUCGAGUGUGUGUGUGUAUUGUUAGCGUACAAGUCUAACUUAUUUGGUAUGUAAAUUUGAAUAAUACCAUUAGCAUCCUUCCUUUUUAAUGCUGGUUUUGUUGAUAAUGUGAUGAUACUAUCUAUUAUUGAAUCUGAAAACUAUACCAUUUGGAAACACUUCUGUUUUUAGAAACAAUUAGUAUUCAGAAGUGAUAUCUCAUAUUAUGAAUAUAUUUUAUUAUAUUUUUAAUAUAAUCCAUAAACCUUUUCAAACUUUUCUAGUAGUCCUUCUAUUUGUUAUAGUUCUUUUUGCUUCUUCAUUUCCUAGGGUAUUACAAGAAAAAGGUAAGGGGAGGCAGGAGGGGAGGAGGUCUGUUCAAGAAUCUUCGGCGACCACUCGCACAAGAGAGUUUUUGGUCAAAUCUUCCACAGCAAGUAGGUGUCAACAAGAUUGUGAGGUUUAGUCUCAACAUUCGUUUACACUAUUUUUUGUUCUAAAGUUUGCGUCUUUUUUAUUUUGUGUUGCCUCUCCGUCUCAGAUUCUAGGUCCCAGUUCUCUUCUUUGUCAACUUUUGCGCUUUAGUGUACAAAGCUACACUAUUGUAUUCGCAAAUUAAUUUCUUUUGUCAAGAUUCACAAUCACAAAUGGGAAGCAGAACCGUCACUACUACUGAAUCUAAUUUUUUUUAUAAAACAUCUGGCAAAAUCCAUAAGAUAUUUAGCAAACAAAAACAAAACCCAUCCCCAUAAUAUUGAUGUAGCUUUAAACGGUCAGGUUGGAAGAUUUAUUUCGCAUAACCUCUCUUAGAAACCAACUUGAUUCUUUUUUCUAUUUCAUGUUAUUUCUCGUUUGGUUAAAAAGAUUUCAUUUUUCUGUUUCAGCUGUGAAAACAAAAUUUUCAAUUAACUUAACAUUUUUCCUUGAUGCAAAAAAAAAAAAAUCCACUGUCUUCCGCUAGAACAAAGCUUUGAAUUUAAAUCAUUUCAAGAAAACAUUUUUAUUUUAUAAGGGCAACAUAUUUGCUUUAAACACAAAUACAUGGAACGGCAGUGAUGGGAAACAAGGGGGUUUUCUAUGGUUUUACGUUUGAAGAUACAUUGACAAUAUGAAGAAAUAGUAAUAGUUUAAUUCCUCUAUAAACCCGCUGUUAAUAGUUUGCUUUAGUGACCCCCACCCAUGUCAAUAGAAACCAAAGUGAACCAAGCACAAACCAAACAUACCAAAUUGGAUAUGUAUUUCAAAUAGAACCCGAAAACAAUAAUAGAAUGUAGGUAUGUCCUCUAAUGAAUUCAGUUAUCCAAUCAAACUAACUGUUCUUUUGGUUACUACCAAAGACUGUUUCUUUGCUCAAGUUGCUUACACAUUCUUUAAGGAACGUGUAAUAUAGAUAAUUGUAAACAUAAGUUACCUCUAGUAGGAUACUUUUGUCAUGUCUAUAAUGAAUCAAGCUAUAUAUAUAUCUCUGCACCAGCGUCAACCCCAAGAUCUUUCUUCAUCACACUUUGUGGUUAUAAUCAAAAUUUCUAUGCGACUUGUGUGAUGAACUUGGUUUUGGUUUCAGCAUGAUAAAUAAAGUAUGAUUUAGACUUUUGAUAAUCACUUUGAAUGAAAUUUUAUGCAGCUAGCUAGCUAAGGAGAAGAAGAAGAGGCAAUGUCAGAAACUGGAGAAAGUUCAGACCAAGCAGAAUGUGCACGUGUAAGUAAAGGAAACUGAAUAGUGGCCCUGAUGCAUCAUGCAUGCAUUGAUGAUUGUCAUUAUUUAUAUCUUUCUAAUUCCAAUUGAUGAAAGAAAGACAACACAAGACAGAGUCAUAUAUAGUUGUGGAUCAUUUUUUGUUUGUUUAACAAAAAAAAAUGUUGUUUUUGUAGGUACUUGUUGAUAUUCCGGAAGAAGUUUGUACGUGUACUUGACGAAAUCAUCAAACUGGUUCACCCGCAAUUUCAGGCAGUAGUGGCUGAUGUCUUGCAACUGGUGCCACAAGAUAUUUUGGCACUCAUAACUGAAGCAAAACGUGACUCCACGGUCAGAAUCAUGGAGUACGUACAUUGACAAAACGAGUGCAGAUAUCAAACAUGUAAGAUAUGCAACAUGGGUUAAACGUCGGCUGAUACCAGACUGUUUGAAAGGUAAGGAAUGGCAAGAAAUCAUGGGAGAGUUGAGACACCAGCGGGAUCACGAUGUAUGUUGGGCUAUUGUAGUUAGCGAACUUAUAAGGGCAAUGAGAAUAAUCGAUGGACGUCAGACAGACAAAACGAUCAGAUACUCUCCGCAAGAUUUGAUUGAUUUUUCGGAUAAAGAUAAACGAAGAACAGAGCAGAAAUCAGGUCACUACUGCUACACCCUGAAUCUGAUAAAAGGAAUGGAAUACGUAGUUGAAAAUGGAAUCCAAAGGGAAGAAGAUAGGCCUUUCAAAGGAUGUCCUGAAAAUGUUGCUGAGCGUAAACCAUCCGAGUUUGCUUAUAUAGAAAAAUUUGUGAGACUCCGUUCCUUGGAAGAUGCGCUUCUCCAACUGGCACACCAUCCCAUUGGUGCAGCCUUGGCAAUGUUUCAACCUGAAUACAGAGAAAUUGGGAAAAAAAUUUAUCGUGGACCUGCCAAUCGGUUCUCUCGUUUCGUUGGUUUGCAUGCUAUUUCUCUAAUGGCCGUGUAUGAAGAUGAGAAUGGAGAAAAGUAUAUUCUUGGAAGAGCUAGCCAUGGGGAUGACUUUGGAGAUCAUGGCUACAUCAGAAUCUCAUUGGAAGCUAUGCUUCUUUACAUACCCACUCCCGGUGAAGCAAUUGACGACAAGUUUUCAAAAUACUUCUCCAAGCCGGCGCCACUUCUUAGCAGGUUUUCCUACCCAAAACUAUUAUCUCUGAAGGAUGAGGAAGCUAAACGUGUGAAGCAUGCAAAACAGAUUAGUAAGAAGAAGUUUCAUGACUUUUUUUUUGUUUUGUUUUAAUUUACUUAUUUUCACGCUCCAACAAACGCUUAAUUGUUUUACAACUGACUGAUACAGGGCAUGGAUGAUGAUUAAAAAACGACUGAUGGAAAGAAACAAACAAGGCGUUGACAACCAAUUUAUUUUUUUCUUCUGUUUUGCAUAUGCAGCAAACCCUCCUUGUCUGAGCGGUUAAAACAUGAUGCUGUUGAUACAUGGUUUUUAUUUUAUUUUUGCUUUAUCCAGCUUAGCUUGUCUUCUAAGCAGAUUCUCUGGAGUCUUUUUUUAAAGUUUGCAAACAACAUUGUUCCUUCCAACUCGAUUUGUUAUAUAUCUAUCUGAUUAAUUCUCCUGAGAAUUGGUUAUUUAAAGUUUGAAAACGAACUAAAUCAUCUCUUAAACAUUUAACAUCCAAAGGGAAAACAAAUCAUGCUAAGUUAGCUGACUUUAGUCAUACACACAAUAAUAGUAACUUAAACAUGAAAAGAUCAAAUACAUUAAAAAAAAACACAGGAGAGGAGGAGGACAACAUUUCUUUCUAGAUCUCAGCAUGACACUACUUUCCCAACAUGCAUGUAACUUCAAG